UAUUAAUAUACAUUAGUGACACCCCUCUCUUAUGAGAAGAUAUUUUAUUAACAAAGGAACCAAACACGUUUCAGUCUAAAUUUACAGACCCUCCUCAGUGGUGAAUUGAAUAUUACAAUGAAAUACAAAAAUGUUUGUCAAAAAAAUCGCAAUUAAAAGGAUGUCAAUACAUUUAAAAUAAUCGCAAACGGGAAACGGAGGUUACGCAAUAAAAACUAAUAUUAUAUGUAUAUUAGUAUUAUUGCACUAAAACAACUGUGCUUGAACUUUUACAUGCCCUUUAUUUAAUUAUUGAUCGUUUACUAUGUACGUUUAUUAUAUGCUGAGGGUAUAAAUCCCCUCAAGCGCUAAAAAACACAAUAAUAGAAGCAAUUAACAAUUAAAAAUGAAUAGAAAUCUUCAAGUGCAAAGGACAAUGUGAGUAAAUUAUGAAGUGUUCUAAGAAAGUUCUUAGUAAAGAAAACAAAAAUAACUAGUACGGGAUGAUUAUAAAUAAAUGAGAGAGAGAGAGAGGGAGAAGGGGAGAGGGAGAGAACAUGUAAAAAUGAAAGCUGUAAAAAGUGCUUGAUAACGGCGUAGCAUUACAAGUGCAUCGCGUCUCGCUCGUCAAAUUCGUCGGCAACUGCACUUUUUCACGGUCGCGCGUGCGAUCGGAUUCAUCGGCGUCGCGGAUCGCGCGUGCGAACAGGAGAGUCGGGAGAGAAAAUUAACGCGCUGGUGGGAGAACGCGACAGAGAGCAAAUGGGACGAGUAGUCGACACAGGCAUUCGAAUACUCAACAACGGCGCUCUGGACACACGCCAGUCGUUCGUCGUUGCCGAUUGCCGAUCAGACGCCAACCGAUCGCGAGCGAGCCAGCCGAGCAACAGACGACAGUCUCGCUUUCCGAGCGGGAGAUCGUGAGUCGAGCAGUACGACACGAGAAAUUCGAAGAGAAGACAACACAGACCCGGCAAUGAAGACGCACGUGGCUAUGAGCGCGAUCGCGCUGCUAGUCGCUCUUGUGGGCGCUAACAAAAUCGAUUUGUACAUCCCGUGCGUAAAGACAGAAAAUUGCACGAACAUACCGUCGCUUCCGCCAGAAACGAUUUGUCAAGAAGGAUAUUGCUUGUGUCCGAGUGACAAAGGCUUCGUUAAUUGUUCGAGUAUUAAUCAGACGUUCAUACAUCAGACGAGAACACCAGGCCCUUUGGUCUACCGAACGUGCAAGCAUAAUCAGGAUUGCAAUUUUCAAGGCGGACUUUGUAACACCACCAAUCAUCAGUGCGUAUGCUCAAAAGACUAUGUGCCGUCCAGUGACAAUCGUCACUGCGUCCAAAAGGCUCAGUCGAUCAAUUCCUCCUGCACGGAAGACAAUCAGUGUUUGGCGUUCUUGGCGAACACCACCUGUCGUCUUAAUAAAUGCCACUGCAUAACUGGUUAUCAUUACGUGGACAGUGCGUGCUGGAGAAUGGCAGGGUACGGACAACCUUGUACAAAAAAUCAAGAGUGCUCGCACAUCGAGGGCGCAAUCUGCACGGACAAUAUGACGUGUGAAUGCGGUGCCGAGACUGUGUUGAGCAAGGACGGCAAAAAGUGUCUGGCUGCUGCGCGAAACAUUCGGGAUGAAUGUACGGAAUCGGUGCAGUGUGAGACAUUUGAACACUCGUCGUGCAUCGAGAACAUGUGCCAGUGUUCGGAGGGUUAUCAUUACGAACACAGCAUGACAAGAUGUUUCCUUAAUAGAGAGCUCGACGCCGAGUGCGCAAAUAAUUACGAGUGUUACCAGGUCGAGGAUUACAAGAGUGAUCCGCCGAUCAGAUCUCUGAUAUGCGAAGCUAAUAAAUGCACGUGCGCUGAAAAUUACGUCAGGAAGGAUAACGUGUGCGCGAACGGCAGCUCUCUGAUCUUUGCAUCUUUUCCAGUAAUAACUCUGAUAGUGCUGGUUUGGGUUAACCUAUGAUAAAGUAUUGUUAAGUACAAUUUUUUCAAGGAAAAAAACUGUUAUAUUACUAUAAGUCAAUGCGAUUUUGUUUGUGCGUUUAUGUUUUGUUGUAUGCGUUUGUAAGGAAAACUCGUCCAAGUGUAGAAAUCGACGGAUCGUGGACGAGUGGUAUGUUCAGGGUGAAAUAUUCGCGGCCUCGUUUAUCGCUGUUUGCGAUUAUACGUAGUACCGUGACUAUUCUAACGAAAUUCACGAGUACUCCAGAAAGAGAUUCGUGUAUUUCCCAUGAAUAUUAUAAAUAUUACGUUAUAACGUAUUCGUGCGUUAAAACGUCUCGCGAAUCGUGGGAUGCGUGUAAUUGCGCAAGUUUUUCUGACGGAAUUGUGUACAUAUCUGUAUACAACGUUGUCGUGUGAUAACGUUGCACAAUUGAGGCCGCAAAAUUCAAAGCAUCAGGAGACAUAUCAAUCUUUCGACAUAUAAAACACCGGCCAUGAAAUUCGCUUUUUAAGUUCAACAGGAGCAAAGCUCUAACGCAAAAGAUCAAUCACAGAUCUUUUUGUAAUUUGUAGCAACUGUCUUUAGCAUAGCUACCCAAACAGCACAAAUUACUAAAAGAUGUUUUAAAGACGUUCAAGAGACGUUUAAAAAAAAUAGAACGUCUUUAAAAUAUCUUUUAGUAGAUUGUGUUGUCUGGAUAAAUUUCACAUAAAGAGAGAGAUGAAAAUAAUAAGAUGUCAAGUUAACAAUUUACACAACUUCUCGGUUUAUCCGACAAAGGUGUAGUGCAAUAUUUUGUAUAAUGUUUAACCUAUUAACAAUCCGUCGCUAUUGAUUUUUGCAUCGAAACAAAAGCCUGUUGACCUUUAUGGUCAUAAUUAUAUAUUUUUUUUCAAUACGGUUAAAACACUUCGUUUCUUGAAGCAAUUUGGAGCGCGGACGAUGAUCCAACGAGAGAACUUCUCGGAAUUAAUCAGAAGCAAAUUUUCCCGUUGGACCAUCGGCUGCCUUCUGAACUGCAUAGAGAAAAAGUGUCCAAACCAUCUUGAAAUCAAACGCACAAGAGUGUGAAGAGAAAAUAUCCGGAGGAACGGGAAAUUGAGGAGACGAACAUACGAUGGUGUCAUCUGAAUUUCGACAAAAGAUGAUGACAUUGUCGUUGCGUUAUUCGGAUUUGAAUAAACCAUCUUUGCCAUAGUCGUGCGUUUCGCGCAGUCUAGAAAUAUUCUCGUGACUUUUUCUCGAACAUCGCGAAGGAAAGGAACAUCGCAUUUCCCAUGGUUUUCACUCUUCAUCGUCGAACUAGGAGAAGAACCGGCGCGCAAGAUUGACGUUGCUGUUGGCUCGACACGUUUUUUCACAAAAGCGUUCGCUAAAAAGUGCAGACGCGACGAAAAGGUAGCGCGCAAACGGGACGUCAUUACAGUGUUUCACGCCACUGUAAUUGUGCAGCAAAACGCUUUCGCGGUGAAGGCGAGGGCUCGAAACUAGACGCACUGAAGUGUGUUUAAAGCCUUCUUCUCGCUUGCAUUUAAUUAACGCGGUCAUUAAAAUGCAGCCGCUCGUGUCCACGGUGAAACUACUGCUUCUUCUUAGAGCAACGCAAGCCACAUAAAAUUCGCGAACGCAAAACUAUCAUGCGUCUCUCUUUGUCGUUCGGAGCGCCUGUUUUUCUCUCUGCUCCUCUUUCGAAUCUUUUACAACCAACGAGCGUACCUUUUAGCUAUAAGUAUUUUAUUGUAAAGUUAUGUAUCUAAAAAAAUACACAUUGUACUUUUUA